AGGCCUUUUGCAUGCAGUUGGUUUGCCAUGACCGUGACCACAAUGCUUAGGUUCAGGAGUAAGCUAAGAGCAAAUAACUUUUCUUCCUGCUUUGCCAUUUUUUUCUUGCUCAAUAUUAAUUAUGACUUAACACACCCAGUGAAUUUUUAUGUUCAUAAGGCUGGAGGUUAAGAAGUCCCUUAGUGUAAUGUGUAUAUAACUUAAGGGCAUGAGGAAAUGCAUUUGGCACAUUUUUGCUUGUUUUAACUUUUUCUACUUUUUGCAUCAGUUUCCUUCACUCUUCUUAACUUUCAUGUAUGUGUUCUUUCCACUGAUCCCCACUACAAGAAAAUGGGAUAGGCUAAAGUUAAUAGAAAUGUGGACAAAUAGAUACACUGUACAGGUUUCAUUAAUUGCAUGUUAAAUGAUCUGAAAAUGUUAGCCAGUACUGAGCAACAUACUGCACUUUACAAUGUAACUAAUUAUUUUAAUAAGUUAAGUUGCAUACUGUACAAGCCAUAUACAGUAGAUAUGUGCUUGUCCUUAUGCUUGAUUAUCAGUGAGUGGUUUCUUUAUAUAAGUUUAUAACUCUCAUAUUUUUAGAUACAAGAGCAGGGGCAAAAUAUCUCCCCAACUCGGAGUACUGCAUGAAGUCAGUUUCUUGAAGAUCACUUACAUUGUUUCACACUGUGUACUGUACAGCACAGCUUCACUUAUUUGCCUCUAAUUUGGUUAUUGGCUCAUUGUUGUUUAGCUUAUGAGGACUCCUUAAACCGAGUUCUUAUAGUGUUAAGUACAUCUGCCUUAAUGUGGGAUUAUAUUUUGUUAUUUUUGAAGACCACAUAUGUUUACUGGUUAAUGUUGUUACCACCUGGCCUAUUAGGCUAUGGAAUUGUCUGAUUUUAAUAUCAUUAGCUGUCAGAAGCCCAGCAAGAAAUGAAAAAAAUUAGACAUCCUAUUAAUCCUUAAAAUGUAUAUUAAAAGAUCAGUAAGAUGCAAAGAUAAGAUAAACUGGACUGCACAUAUUUGUUAUUAAUUUUUGGGGGGAUGGAUUGGUGGUGAGUGGUGCCAGGGUAAUGUGUCAUUUGCAGUGAUAUAAGUAAUUGAUGUAUGAAGUGAUGGGUAAACUAAGUGGACGUCUUAAGGGUUUUGAUGUGGAAGGGGUAUACUGUUCCGUACCAUAAGGCAGUGGGAGAGAUCUAAUGACGCUGAUAGUUAUUUGACUCUUGUUUCUCAGUGCUGUUUUGGGAAAGGACUUUCAAAAAUAGGGAAGCAAAAUGGACAAAGUAAAAAUCUUGUGUAAAUUUAUUUGUUGUUUUUUCAGGUUCUUAUGGAUGAGAAGAAAUCCAAAAUGUCACAGGCGGAUGGAGCUGCAGCAAAUUAUCAAGAUGACAUUGAACUGAAUUCUCGUCCAGUUAAACUAACUGAGGCUCUUAAUUUAAAUGAUGUUUACUCGGAGACUGGCACUGUAUUUGAGAUUUCGGAACAACAGGAGCAUGCUGAAGAUUGUACAGAUAAAGAAGAAAAUAUUUUUGAAGAUGAGACGUUAAUUAACAGCCUCACUUUGGGGGCUGGCAAUGCUGUAUUUGGGGAGGAUGAGGAGGAAGCUUCAAGUUCAGAUGAAACUUUGGAGCCUUUCGAAAAAUUAGCCCGGAAAAUGGAGGAUAUGACUGGAGAUGGUGGCGUUCUGAAGAUGGAAGUACGUCCAGGUAUAGGUGGAGGGAUACCUAGUGGGGCAGCUGUCACAUUCCACUACAGUGCGUACCUUCAGUAUUGCGAUGAACCUUUUGAUUCAUCCUACCUUCGCAUGAAACCGGAAAAGCAGAUUCUUGAUUUUAGAGGACUGCUGCCAGGACUCAAUGUUGCCAUUAAGACCAUGAGGAAGAAUGAGAAGGCCAGAUUUCUUAUAAGUCCAGAAUAUGCCUUUGGAGAGAUGGGUUGCCAACCCAGGAUUCCCAGCAAUGAGACAAUUUUGUAUGAAAUAGAUGUCUUGUAUUUUGUUGACUGUGCUGCUGCAGAUGCUUAUAGUGGCCUAAAUGAGCAGGAACAGUGUGUUGCAACUUUCAAAGAGAAGCUGGAAGCUGCCCGGGGGUUACAUCGGAAGGGCAAUGAACAGUACCAUGAGAGGAACCUUAAGGCAGCAAAAAGUUCUUAUACUCGUGCUGCUUGGAUCUUGGAAGAUGCCAAGUUAAAUAAUGAGAAGGAGGAAACUCAGAGAAACUCUGUCUUGUUCAAGAUGAGAAAUAAUUUAGCACAGGUUUAUCUCGACAUGAAAGAGCCGGCCAAAGCAUGUACCCAGUGCAAGUUGGGUUUCAAUGUGUCAGAGGAGCAGUCAAAUGAAGUAAAAGCAAAAUUAUAUUUUAGAUUUGGCAAAGCAAAGGCAAUGUUGCAUGAUUUCAAAAGUGCUCGUAAACUGUUUUUGAAAGCUCAGCAUCUCAAACCAAACAACGAAGAUAUCAGCACAGAGCUGGAGAAGUUGCUACAUAAUGAACUUAGAUAUGAAGCACAAGAGAAGAUCAUGUACCAGCGAAUGUUCAGGUAUCCAGAAGGUAACACACAAAAGAAUCACCAGGAGAAGUCAGUGAAGGCUAAAGAAACUAAGAACCAAAACAUAAAUAAUGCUGCUGUACUUCCUGGUGUACAUCCAGAAUUUGAGAGAAUAGUUGAGAAGCAAAUAAUGCAGUUUGCUGUAGACCCUAAUGUGAGAGUACUGUCAUUUCCUAGCAACUUAUCACAAGAGGAGAUUGCUUGUGUUUCAGCAGCUGCAACAGCUGUAAACUGUAUUGUGAGUGUUUCACAUAUAGGAGCAGCCACUUACUUAAAGGUUAUGAAAAGCCAAUAAUAUGAACAUAAAUAUUUUUAACAUGACCAUGUUUAUGUUCACCUUUUAUUAGUUUAUGAUCGCACAAACUUAUGCACUUGGUGAAGCUUGACAAUAAUGCUAAAAUUCAUAAGAAGUCAGUAGUGUUUUACAAAAUUAAUUACCUGGUAAACACUUUGUUUCCUUUAUAGGAAGGAAAUAUUGACUAGAAAGCAAUUGUUUUGUUAUUUACAGGUCAACCCCCAGGCCCCAGGGACGGAUCCAGGAUUUUGUGUGUGUGGGUUUGGGGGGUUACAGAAAUAAAUUGACAGGAAAAGUCACAAUUUUGUACAUUACCAGCAUCCAUUUGGGUUGCUUGAUGGCAGACUUGUCCACAAUUAUGCUAAAGUCUAAUUCCUUUAUAUGAUGAUGCUGCAUCAGAGCCAGCACCUGUGAUCAUUUAUGCUAACUUCCUUCCCCCAAUAAUCUGAUGUCAGUGGAGGCAACACUUGUCAUGUGAGGUCAUAACUCGUCACCUGAUGUCUACAGGCUGUCAGUUUGGCAGUUCCUUUGAAAUUUUGGCAAUUUGACACCAUCUGACUAGAGGCAGGUUUGUGGUAUAACGUAGAGAUAAAUUACCUGCACCUGAUAUAGGUCACUAAUCCCUGUAUACUGAUGAAAAAUGGCCCAUUUACGUGUUAUACCAUUUGCCAGGAAUGUGUACGAGUUGGUCUUGGCAUGAGUUAACAGUUGACCUGAUCUCUAGUGUGGCAUCAGGUGAGUCUUGGAAAAGGGAGAUACGUCAACCACCUGAAUCCUUCCUGGAUCUGCCACUGACCUCUUAUGUUUUUGUGGCAUAAAUGUUACUUCACCAUAAACUAUCUGCUAUACUGUAAUUUAUUUUGCAAAAUCUUUGAUGAGGUAAAAAUUAAUUUACAGUUCAUCACAGCUGUGAUACUAGAACAUUAAUCAAAAGGCUUAGUAGUACUGUAAUUGAUUUUCCCAUUAAAUUUUAUUUAAGCCAACCAGCACCAUGUGGGAAAUGCCCUGCAAGAAAGCCAGAAAAUUAAAUUUUAGUGGUGUAGAAUUAGUUCCAUUAUAAUGUAAAGAUUUGUUAUAUGUUUAUUUUUUCAAAUUAAAGGAAGAAUAUAUUUCUGUACUUCUGUAAUGGUCAUACAUGUUGAUUGUUCAGGAGUAGCAACAAUAGAAUUUUUUAUAUUAUUUUGUAGUCAAGUGUUGAUAGGUUUGUAUAAAUGUACUGUACAGUCACUCAAAAAACACUGCGACUCCUGUUGUCUUGGUAGGGUUGUCAAAUUCUUCGACAGUUGUGUCAUAUUUUUCAACACAAUUUUGUAUAGAUGGUUUUGUGAGUGACUGUACAUACACUUUGUUUUCAGCAUCUCAGAAAAUGUUUUUGUUUAGCCAGCAAUUAGUUAAUUUGAUUUACAGUAUAUAAAAAUUAAUGAGUUUUGGGAAGUACUGUAUUUAAUAAUUUGUGAAUGAGUAAGAUUUUUAUUUGAAUCUUUAAAUAUGAUCAUGUAAAAUUUAUGUGAUAUAUGUUACUGAAUUACUAAAUAAAUACAUUACUGAAAA